GCGGGAGGGGCGAGCAGCGUGUUUCCGGUAAGAGCGACACAACAGUACCACUAAAAACCUUCCGGAGUCAUCCAUCGAAAGGCGGGGAACACACGCGGCAAUGGAAGCCGAGUUUCGGGAAAUCGAUGAGUUUGGGAACUGGACCGCCGUUUACCAGGAGAUCAGGCAGAAGUCCAGCGACCUACCAUGUAAGCUCGCCAAACUUCCAGAAAACAGAAGUCGUAAUCGCUACAGAGACGUCAGCCCAUUUGACCACAGCCGUAUUCGUCUACAGAUUGGGAAUAAUGACUACAUCAAUGCCAGUCUGAUCUCUGUGGAGGAAGCUCAGAGAAACUACAUACUUACUCAGGGCCCGUUACCAAACACCUGUGGUCAUUUCUGGGAGAUGGUGUGGGAACAGCGCUGCCGAGGGGUUGUGAUGCUGAAUCGUGUUAUAGAGAAAGGCUCUGUAAAGUGUGCUCAGUACUGGCCACAGCGAGAGGAGAGGGACGCUGUUUUUAAGGACACAAACUUUAAACUCACUUUGAUCUCAGAAGAUGUGAAGUCGUACUACACAGUACGUCAGCUGGAGUUGGAGAAUCUGUCGACUCAGGAAACACGGGAGAUUCUUCAUUUCCACUACACCACAUGGCCAGAUUUUGGUGUGCCUGAGUCGCCUGCAUCUUUUCUUAACUUCCUGUUCAAAGUGCGUGAGUCGGGCUGUCUGAGCCCCGAUCAUGGCCCUGUUGUGGUCCACUGCAGUGCUGGUAUCGGCCGUUCUGGAACAUUCUGCCUGGUAGACACCUGCCUUCUACUGAUGUCUCAAAGGAAAGAUCCAUCAUCAGUACGCAUCCAAGAGGUAUUGUUGGAAAUGCGACAAUACCGCAUGGGUCUGAUACAAACAGCUGAUCAGCUGCGUUUCUCUUACCUCGCUGUCAUAGAGGGUGCCAAAUACAUCAUGGGAGACACUUCUGUACAGGAGUCAUGGAAGGAGUUAUCGAAUGAGGAGGACCUCCCCCCUGAAUUCACUCCUCCUCCCAGGCCACGACCCUCACUUAACCCCCCUAAUGGCGCAGGUGACUUUGUGAACUCUGACCCUGCACACUUCUUCACUGAGACAACAAAGAACAGCAUAGAAAUCAGUGCAAACAGUGCGCCUCAGACAUUCACAGAUUGGCCAGACGUUCGCAGACGGGCUGCUGGUGCAGCUGGUGAGGUUGGAGUGACAACGUUGCCAAGCGAACAGCCCGACAACCCCAUCAUUGCGACAGAAGCCCCUCCCAAACCUGCGCAUUCCCCUCCCAAGACUCCACCUUCAGAUGAUGCCCAUGGAGCCUGGAGCCCCCUGCUGUCCAACGUGUGCUUGUGCACAGCACUGGCUCUAGGUGCUUACGUCUGUUACCGUACCUAUUUCCACUGAUGCGCUUUCUUUCCAUCUCGGCUCAUCUCUCUCUUUCUCUAUCCCUCUAUCUGCUGGUUGUUGGGGGAAAAGAGAGUGAGAGACAUACACAGAUACGCACACUUUCUCAGCUGUUAAAAUCUGGAGAGUUUUAAGAGGCUUUUCUCAGCCAAACUGCUGUUGUUUUUCUCCAAACACACUUUGUCACACACUCUUACACACACACUUUUAUAAACCUGUGUGUCCGUUCAAAACCUCAGGGCCUCACAAUUCAGGUGUUACUACCCAAACGUUACACACAGGUAAAGCAAAUCCAAAAGACUCUGUCAUUGCUGCAGUAAUUAAGGGAAAUUUUGUUUAUGUAUAUGUAUUUCAGUCAUAUGUAACUUUGCAUUGUCAGUCUGAUGACUAUCAGUGUUGGUCUUCAGAUGUUCCAAAUGGAGCUGUACAGAAGAUGAGCUCCUCUCAAAGUCAAGGGGACGUCAUUCUUAUACAUGCUGAACACAGACCUGCUGUACAUGAGAGAAACCUGUAUAUGUAUGUGUGUGUCAGAGAAAAAGACUUUGUGAAGAGUCUUGUGUGUCUAUAAUCAGAUCAAGUGGUCUGUCUUAUAGGGAUAGUUCACCCAAAAAAUGAAAAUAUUUUUUCAUCAGUAACACCCUCAAGUUGUUCAUAAUUCAUAUGACUGUAUUUCUUCUGUGGAACACACACACACACUCAAAAUAUAUUGAGCUGAAUGACAGCCUCAGUCACCAUUUAAUUUCAUUGUAUGGAAAAAAGGCUGAGUGAAUGAUUAAGGCUGUCAGUUCCAAGCAUACUGCCUACCGUCAUCUUUAGUCUACCAUGGAAGAAAGUCAAAUGUGUUUGGAACAACAUGAGAGUGAGGAAAUGACAUUGUUUUGUUGUUGUUGUUUUUUUUUUUUUUUUUUGGUGAACUCUAAAUUUAAAGGGAUUUUUCACCCCAAAAUGACAAUUCUCUCAUCAUUUACUCACCCUCAUACUAUCCCAGAUGUGUAGGACUUUCUUCUGCAGAACACUAAUUAAGAUUUUUUUAUAAGAAUCUCUCAGCUCUGUAGGCCCUUCAAUGCAAGUGAAUGGUGGCCAGAUCUUUGAAGGUCCAAAAAGCACAUAAAUGAAGCAUAAAAGUAAUCAAUAAGACUUCAGUGGUCAAAUCCAUGCGAUAUGAUAGGUGUGGGUGAGAAACAGAACAAUAUUUAAAUCUCUUAAUGAAAGUGAAACUAAACAGGCACUGCAUGUGAUUUUCAGAUGUAAAAGUGAAAGUGAAGAUUUGUAGUAAAAAAAAUAAAAUAAAAAAAAAGGCUGAAAUUUUGAUCUGUUUCUCACCCACACCUCGCUUCUGAGGGCAUGAAUUUAACCACUGGAGUCAUAUGCAUUACUUUUAUGUUUCUUUUAUGUUAUUUGAGCUACAAAGGUCUGGUCACCAUUCACUUGCAUUGGAUAAAUCUACAGAUCUGAGAUAUUCUUCUAAAUCUUAAUUUGUGUUCAGCAGAAAAAUGAAAGUCAUGCACAUCUGGGAUGGCAUGAGGGUGAGUGAAUGAUGAGAUAGUUCACACAAAAAUGAAAAUUAUCUCUUUAAACCUGAUGUUUCUCAGUGGAAACAUCCCAAACUUGUAGACUGAACCUUCCCUCCUUUUCACUCUCUCUCUCUCUCCCUCCCUCUUUCUCUCUCUUUUUUUCAUUAUUUUUCCCUCAGCUUUUGUGUGUACCCCAAAGGUGAUACUGCCACUUCACCUGUCUGAGACCAGAGACAAUGUAAAAUGCUCAAGCAAGUGACUGAUGCACUGUCCUCAUUCAUUCAUUUGUUGCUGUUGAGUCUUAUUCUGGCAUAUUGUUUUCCUUUAUCUCCAAAUCUGUUUCCUGCUGACCAGAUGGUUCAGAACAUUUUAAAACUUUUGGAGCUGGUGUCUUAAAGGGUUCAUUCCAACCAAAAUAGAAAUUGUCAUUAUUUACUCACCCUCAUGAAGUUCCAAACCUGUAUAAGAAGAAAUUUGGAAGAAUGAUGACGCUGCUCUUUUUUUUUUCUAUGAAAUUUAAUGGGGACUGAGGCUGUCAGUCCCUUUCAUUUUGCCUAAAGUCUCAUUUCGUGUUUCACUGAAAAAAAGAAUGCCAUGAUUGUUUGGAAUAAUAUGUGGGUGAAUAAAUAAUCACAGAAUUUUCAUUUUUGUGUGAACUAUCCUUUUUACCUUUGGAUGCCACAUUCAGCACAAACCUCAGUCAAAUCCCAUCCAGCCUAUUGAUUGCUUUUCCAGAGUUUCAGUGCAAUAAAAGUAACUGCAGCCUUCCAGUUGAGUCAAACUAGAGCUCACUGCAGGUGGCUCUGUCUCUCUUUGGGUCACUGUCUUAUUGCAGGUCUGCCUUACUUAAUCGAAAUGUUCAAUUACAAUCUAGCAGCCUCUGUACUGGCCCUCAUUUUCUGCAUUUGGUGGGUCUUUACUCUAGAUUUUGAGUAAACCUAUGUCUUAGAGCUCCAGCAAUUGAGGGGAAGCUGUAAGUAAUGGCUUCAUGUAACCACAAUCUUUUAUUUUUUUCAGGCCAAAUUAAAUAAACAAAAGUGUAGCAAAGUCAGACCAGCAUGUUUCGAGUAUAAUGUAGAAUUUCACUGGGGUUGGUGCUUUUGCUUUGGAUUUUAAUUUCUGUCUCACUUUUUGUCUGCUGCAAUACAUAUACAUUCAGAUGCUUCUGGUCCAUAUAAAAUGAUUUGAUGAAAGUUGUAACCAAAAACAAAACACCAGCACAGAAUGAAUGGACAGAAAAAGA